CUUCUCUCUCUUUCCCUUCACCUAGUUCUGAACAUACCCUUGUGAUCAGACAUACCCACUAAAUUGGCAUCACACACAAGGGAUAAGAUGGGGACCAUUUCUCUACUUAUUGGCAGUGAUCAGAGAUUGCUUCAUUUUUAUGUCCCAGAAAUGGCCACCUUCUUAAGACUAUCACCACCAUUUCUCUCUCCACAAAUCACAAAAACUCAACACUUUGCUUCUUCCCAAAUCCCCCCUCCUCCUCCUCCUCAGCCACCAACUCCGCCACCUUCGCAACCGCCGUCUCCUCUGCCGUUGACUCAGCAGCUAAGCACUAGAACCUCGCCAGAGCCACCAUCACCGGUCUCAUCAAAAGUACAGCAACAACAAAAAAGUACAAAGCCUGCGGCCGCCACUUCUGCCAGUACUAGUGCUGACUCCACAGACUGGAUAGCCUCCAGCUUAACCAGGAGGUUUGGACUCGGAGCUGGGCUGGCAUGGGCUGCCUUCUUAGCAUUCGGUGUGGUUUCUGAACAGAUCAAAACCCGGCUUGAAGUUUCCCAGCAACAGGCCAAUACAAGAGAUGUGGAGAAGCAAGAAGAGGUGGUCUUGCCUAAUGGCAUCAGGUACUAUGAGCUCACAGUUGGUGGGGGUGCUUCUCCAAAGCCAGGAGACCUGGUGGUGAUUGAUCUAAAGGGAAGUGUUGAAGCGAGUACUGGGAAAGUGUUUGUGGACACAUUUGGAGGUGAAAACAGGUCACUGGCUCUGGUGAUGGGGUCAAGGCCAUACACUAGGGGCAUGUGUGAAGGGAUUGAUUAUGUGCUGAGAUCCAUGAAGGCAGGGGGCAAAAGAAGAGUGAUUGUUCCCCCUGGCUUGGGGUUUGGGGAGAAGGGCGCAGAGCUAGGCCCGGAUGUACAAAUUCCCCCAAACGCGGCGCUAGAGUAUGUUGUGCAGGUUGACAGGGUUUCUAUUGCACCAGCUUAAUUGAAAGUCUUAUGUCUUUCUUCUUUUUUUAUGGUACAUUUGAACAACACUAACUUGAGAAUCUGGUUUAUGGUAACUGAACUACAAGAAACAAACAUGCCCGCCGACUGACUUUUGGGUCAUCAUUUGAUC